CCAAUGUUUGACAAAACUCCUCCACUCCAUGCUACUUACCUAGCCUGCAAUUCACUUCCAGAAUCUUCUGCUUUGUUUUCCUUUGCUCGUGAGACAGGAACGAUCUCAGAGAAAAUUGCUUGGAUGUUGUUGUUCCUUUUCAGCACUGAUGGCCUGUUCCAGUAUCUGAGGUCUGUCUCUGCACCUUGCACAGCACUGACUGCUGCUGUCCUUGCUGCCUCUGCUCCAGUCUCUCUGCUCACCUCUCCUCUCCAACUCGCACCUAUGGAAUCUGUAGUGAAGUCUGAUUUCAGGGCCCCAGUGAAACAGCUGCAGUGCUGCAUCUCUGCUGUCUUUCCCGAGGACAAGGACUGCCAAGCAUUGGGAGGCUGCAUAAAGGGUCCAGCAGAACAGAACCAGAGGACCCAGGACAAGAAGAGCAAACGGGACGUGGUCUAUCCUCAGAGAAAGGCUGAGCGUGCAGCCAUCAGAACCCACAUCAGAGAGAAGUACCAGCUUCCCAAAAACAAGGUGGAUAAGAAGCAGCUGGAGGUCACUGGGGGGGAAGGUGAAAAUGCUGCAGGACUACGUGGCUGUUGUGAGGCCUCAGGGCACUCCCGAAUCUGACUCUUGCA